UGUGACUGUAGCAGUCACUGUUACUCUCCUUCGGUUUCGUGAAUCGAAUCCCAUCUGAUCCCACCAGGACGGCACAAUCAAAGUAAAGAAAAGAGCGGAGUGGACAGAUCUCAAUUCUAAGCGAAACGACACCCAUUCAUGGGCUGCUUCAACUCUACUGUAAGAAGACAAUUUCCUGGCCACGAGGACCCAGUAACUCUUUCAUCACACACCGCAUUCAGCGUUAGUGAGGUUGAAGCACUGUUUGAACUUUUUAAGAGCAUCAGCAGUUCUGUUGUCGACGAUGGAUUGAUCAGCAAGGAAGAAUUUCAGUUGGCACUUUUCAAGAAUAGAAAAAAGGAGAAUCUCUUUGCAAAUCGGAUCUUUGAUCUGUUUGAUGUUAAGAAGAAGGGAUUCAUUGAUUUUGGUGACUUUGUUAGAUCACUCAAUGUCUUCCACCCAAAUGCUCCACUAGAAGACAAGAUAGAUUUUUCGUUUAGGCUCUAUGACUUGGACAAUACAGGCUUUAUAGAGCGUGAAGAGGUCAAGUUAAUGUUAAUUGCACUUCUUUGUGAGUCUGAAAUGAAAUUGGCGGAUGAGACAAUAGAAAAAAUACUUGAUAAGACUUUCUUGGAUGCUGAUCUGAAUCAAGACGGGAAAAUAGACAAGUUCGAAUGGCAAAACUUCGUUUCUAAAAAUCCAUCAUUAUUGAAAAUCAUGACCCUUCCUUAUCUGAGGGACAUUACAACAACUUUCCCGAGUUUUGUAUUUAAUUCCGAGGUGGAUGAAAUUGUUACAUGAGUGCAUACAGCUUAUGGUUAUGGAAGUAGUGGUAAAGUGAUAGAUGGCUCUUAGCACAACAUAUUCAGUUUUCAUAGGGGUGCCUUGAUUAUUUAUCGUUCUCCUGUGACGUGCCUUGUAUUCAUGAGUUGCUUUUGCCUCUUGUUCUUUGUUUCCUUUUGUGUUAUAUUAUUCUCACAAUAAAUUUACAUAAUUUAUUUUUCUUCAUCACAUCAUUCAUCUAAUCACUUUCUCCUCUCUCUUCUCUUUCUAUCUCUCUCUCUUUGUAAAAGCACUUCUUUCGACUGUAGAAAUACAUUUCUGUUUUUU